AUGGAGGUGGCGCCUGUGCUUGGACCCAAGAAUCCUGCAGAUCUAGGCGCCAAGAGAUUGAGCCACAAACGGCUGGUAAGCCUGAUGAGAAUGAUUGGCUUCUACGACAUGGACAACGACCAUUUGUUGACCGAUGACACCAUACUCCGCGAGGAAGCGCGGCAGUUGAACCAAAGCGCAGUCCGCGCAUUGAACGCCUUGAGCCUACUCAGUGGCAUGGCACUCCAAGGGUGUCAAGAUGGAGGACAAUGUGAAGACGGCAAUGGAAGCAGCAAUAGCUUUAUGUGGGAAACAUGGAGGAUUACACUCUUCCAGAUGGGCAUUGCAAUCCUUGGCAUCAUCGGGAUGAUCCUCUACAAGAAGUUCAUUCGUCGUGGACAACUUGCAGAAGAAACUUUUCAUGAAGCUCUACUUGAAGAACAAAGCCGACGUGAAGAAGUUCCACAACUUCAUCGAGAACCUCAUGAACCAGAAGAACACGGACUACCUCAUCGAUACCCUCAAGAUGAAGAACCGUAUCCUCACCACUAUGAUGACAUGGAAGUCGAUGAAGAACCCUUCAACGUGUUUGGUGUCAACGCAGCCAGUAGACCAAGGCCUACAAGUGCGCAAACCCUUCAUGGUGAUGAAGAACUUGCAGAGGAGGAUAACCUCACAGAAGACGACAAUUACAGUAUGAGCGUUGACGCGGAGCAGAUCCUGGACUUUGGUGAGCACGAAGAUGACUUCAUCAACCUCACUGAGGAAGAGUACGACAGCUACAGGACAAGACUUCUUGUGGAAGUCCGUGGCGUCGAGCAAUACCUGAUGGAGCUCAACCGGAAAGUGAGAAGGGAGAUGGAAGACCUUGAUCCCAGGAACGUUUUCUAUGGGGACAUCAGGAGUCAGAUGAUAAGCACCGCUACAUCCAUAACCACCCACCUGGUGACAGUGAUGCAAGCAUGGAUCAAACCUCUGACCCAGAAGGCUACGCAGCAGUCACCUACGGAUGGGCAAGCGACAACACUCCAUCAAGCUGUGAGGAACACGCCAUGGAGAUCGCUCCUACUGGAGCGAGUGGUGCAGCUGAUGGAAGCUGAUGAUGCAGCUGAGCGCUGUGCAGCUGCUGAACUGUUUCACUAA